UCUGGGCUUGCGCUGCGCCUCGUUGUCGCCAUUGCGAAUCGACGCAUUGGGGCGAUCGUUCUUUGCUCGACACGCGCAAGAGCGAGGCGCUAUUGUCACUAGCAGAGUUUUUUUUCUUUGUCUUGACGGGCGAUCAGUCAAUCUCUGUGUCGAUUAGUGGCAGCCGAGCCUUGCUUUUGUCUGCUGCAUCGUCCCAAGUGCGCAUCACCAGAACGGCCUGUUCGCCCGUUUCCUAUCCCUACAUGCGGCGGAACUUGCAACACCCCUCAUUAUAACUUUCCCCCCUUUUGUCUCUCAAGCUCCCUUGUGUUUUACACCUCUUUUUAGCUCUUUUAAUUCUUUCUCCUUCUUCCUCUCCCUCUUCUCUCGUUAUAUCCUUGCAGUAAUUCUUAAUAAUGUGUCCUACCCUUUCGAGCCUGCAGUAGGACGACUCAACAACGGGCAUUAGAGCUGGCGGCGCUGGCGACUAUGUGCCGGUGCCAGAGCCAUGGCCGAUCAUCACAUGCCUGCGCCCCGGUCUGCAGGAUACUUCUCAGCUAACCACCGAGACGGACGACGAGAUGGCCUUGCGACGCCAGAGCGCCGACGGAACAGCAGCCACGAGAUGGGCAAGUCGAGCAAUGCGACCAGCCAGCGGGACGACGACGACCUGUUUCAUGACGAUGGCAACGACCGCCUGAGCUCCAGCCACACCGAAGUCUCAACGCAUGCGGACGGACACGCUCACCGGGAGGAGCGAGCGCAGAAGAAGCACAAGGGCCGGCUGGGCGGCGGGUUUCUGCUGCAUGACGCCUUUGGAGGAGGACGGCUGCUGGGGUCUCGUCGACAGCGGGCCGCUCACUCUCAUGCACCUGCGCCUCCAGCACCACAGCUGCAGCUAGGCGGUGGACGUGAUGCUGCUGCUGCUCCUUUCCAGGCCAGUCCAGGCCCCGAACGGGGCAUGCGACAGAGCUCUGCGCCUAUCCGGCGAUCUGGAGAGCCUGCCAACUCGCCUCCGAGUACUGGGCAUUCGGCCGAGGGCAAGAUGUUCGCGGACUCGCACCACCAAGAGCCGCAUCCUGUAGCCGAUUUAGAUUCCUCCCAGAUUGUGCAUAUGGCGCUCAGCCUGAGCGAAUCUCGGCGCCUUGCCUCCCGACGAACCGGUCAUAGAACGGCCGCUCCUCCGCGACUCGCUCCUCUCCCGGACGGGAGCUCUUCGAACAACAUCAGACAACAUCUUCAGCAGCAGCGCAAGUUUUCACGAACAGAAUCCCCCAGUCUGCCCCAAGAGCCAUCGUCUGGAGCCCUUGUUCCUGGAUCGAGAGGCAGUGGAAAUUUUCAAUCCUCCUUUGAGGUCCCCCACGAUCCGCAAUACCGGUGGCAGUUCUCUGCCUCGACACUGACCAGAGCGCAUAAAGCCAAAGUACAUCUCGAGCUUUGGGCGCAGUAUAGACGACUGCUUGACGUACUGCCUCCUCUGAAGCCGGGUCUCGAGAGGCCGCCAUCGGGUAGCUCACCAGAUUCUCCGUUUGGUGCGGGUUCCCAAGCGCUCGCCGUAACGCUGGGCCGGCAGUACAACCCCUUGCAAUAUAUUCGAAAUCGCAAAGUGCGGGCCCGUGAAAGGAAGGUCAUCGAUGGAAAGCGGCAGGGCUUCAGCGAUGUAGACGGCGUCAGGCAGUGGGUUGAUAUAGUGUAUCGGCAAAUGUCAAUGGCGGGGACGCCGCUUGCUGACGACAGAUCUUCUAUUCCUCGCUAUCAAUCUGCCGAGGAGGAGGAUAUGCUACUUUCGCCUGCGGACGCUGCUGCCAGACCUCGACGGCCUAGAGUGGACUGGUUUUUGGAUCCUUGCGAUGUAAUCGCCGACGCAUACUGGCUGGAACAAAACGGACACAAAUAUCUUAUUGAAGAUCGCCAUUGGCGCAAGAUAUUCCCACCUAUAUCCUCAGAUCUGAGCAGACCAUUGUCCCGAGAAGUGGAAGAAUCUAGCAGCAAGAUCUCGCCAUUCACAACGAGAGACAACGAGUUGACUGAAACCAUUACCGAAGGAAAGGAAUUUGGGCUUUCGAAAGUCCGCACAGAGUUAUCACAUGCCAGUGCCAAGGAAAGAGCCAAACAAAAGUUACAUAAUAUCAAAGGCUUUCACCAUCGACAUGCAAGCGGCGGUGGUGGUCACCACGGGAAGGAUUCCUCCUCGGAAGAUUCAAGUAGCGACAGCGACAGCGAGCCAAAGAAGAGGGCCAAGAUUGUUCGUAAGGGAACCAUUUCUAGCAACUCAAACGAUCUACUCCAAAAACAGAUGAUGGAAAUGGUGGCCAGGGAGGCCCGCGAAAGGGAACUCGAAGAGUCGGCUUUAGUCCACAACGAGAGCGCUGAUGACCAGCGUUCAUCUCGGUACAAUAGCAGAAGGGGCUCUUCUUUAGCGGAAAUCAGCGACUCUGAGCGCAGGGCUGCCAUGUUUGACAGGCUGAAGCAAGGAUCUCCGACACGCUUGAGUGUUGAUGCCCAUCACCAUUCCAUUUCUCCAGGGAAACGACUCUCACUUCCAAACUCACCAGAGGCUAUGCCCAUUCGCAAUGGAAAAUCGGAGUCGGUUGCUAGUAUUGAAUCCUCGCCACUCUAUAGCCGAUCGGUAUCUCCUACUAGAAACCCUAUCAACAAGAUUAAACAAAUGAUGCGCGACAAGAAUGGCGAAGCUCGCGGGGGCAUUUUAUUGGACGAAGUUAAUGAUGAUGGAGAAAACCGACUCUCGAAACGCGAAACCAAUCCGGCACGCUCAGGCUCGACGUCUACUCUGGGCAAGGGCAGGCGUCAGUCUAGUCCUGCUGGGAAGUUGGUCUCUGGAUCAGAUAGUAGCAAGAAUCUACGUCCCAUGGCUAGCGCACGGCUUCGAACUGAUGAAGGCGUUGGCUUGCGAGGCAUGUUCAAGGGGCCACGCCUUGAUAAUGUACUCCGAGGCGGUGUUUCAAAGCUGGGAGACAUCAUACGGAAGAAAGACGGACCUGGUGAGACACCAGAUCUCGAUACGACGGACGAGUCCGACAGUGAUAGAGUUAGGGGCCGGGGAUUAACACCAAUGACUCUGUCGCGGAAACCCUCUACAAAGAUUCAAGAAGGGCAACAGCCACAGCCUAAGCAUUUCCUCGACACGAUGCCCGAAUUCCGUCAUAUGCCAAGCUAUCGCCACCUUCCCAAUGGCGGAGAGAAGCUCACCAAAGCUGAUGGCUCAGCAAAUUCUGGUCGUCGGCCCGGCGAGCUUGAUCUUCUCAGGCCCCCUCAGAUUAACAUUCGAAGCGCAUCAGCAUCAUCGUCUGCAUCUCCCCCGGUUUCACGCAAGCCUCGGCUAGGAGGAGACUCGGAUGUCUCUGAAGCCGAAUCUUUAUAUAAUCACAAUGUCCCCGAUGGCGUUCGAGACGCAGAUAAGCGCCUGAAUUCAGCAAUUUCACUAAGCGAUAAGGAUAACCAGCAUGGGCGAUCGCUGACCCAGCAAUGGGCGAUUGCGGAUCGCGGCUUGCACGGCCCGGCGAAGCUUACGAAGCGCGAAGUUGCCAGGAUGCGGGCUCUGAUACUCAGUUCUGGCGUUAUGGCUAUGGAGAUGCACCGCCGCGCAUAUGAGAAGCACAAGCCUUUUAGCAAGGAGAAUCUCGCCUUGAACGAAGCCACCUCCCAGAAGGGACUUGCCGGCGUUCCUUGGACAGAUAUUACCAGGCUUACCCCCUAUCAAGUCCAAGUCAGACUUCAGCUUCAUGAGCAACAAGGACCCUUCUGCGAGAUGUAUCCCCUCGCCGCUCAGACCCUGGGCGUAGCCAUCCAGUCGUGGGGCCAGCGAUGGCAGUCCUCUGCCGACAACUUUAGAGACAAGACUGUUCACGCUCUGCGCACGCGUGUCUGGGAAGUCCGCACACAUAUUGCCGAUGACCUGUCCGAGAUGGCCCGCAAAGCUGCCGACGAGGCAGACGAGAUUAGCCGGGACCUGGCGCUCGGCCAGCCUCUGGAGAUUAAGCAUGUUGUCGAUACUAUGGAGAAGAUGCUCCGGACGCGCCGCAGGAGGUUCCGCUGGCUGCGACGCGGCCUCUGGCUUACUGUAGAAUGGCUGCUCGUGGGCUUCAUGUGGUAUGUCUGGUUCAUGGUGAUGAUUCUGCGCAUCUUCCUUGGAGUUGGGAAGGGUGUUUUGCGGGGCGUCAAGUGGCUUCUGUGGCUAUGAUGGAAGAUUUUCCAUAUUUUUUUUCCCUACUAAAAUAAGGGAGAAGAAACAAUACUUUUAAAACAAAAAGAGCCUUGGAUGAAAAAAAAAACCAGAAAGAAAUUCAUCGACAUCAUGCUCCAUAACAGUUUUUAACAUUACGGAAAUUCAGCAACCAUGUAGCUGCUGUAGCUCCAACUUUUUUUUUUGUUUCUACUUUCUUUUCUGUCUGAUACCCCUUCAAAUCCAAUUCAGUUCAAAUUCUUGGUACGGUUUGAAAUUUCAUCAUUUUUCUGUGUAAUGGGUUGAACACGAGAGGGAUAACUCGGUGCAUAGCUAUGGAGUGAGGUAGCAAAAAAUUUCCAGUUGAUAACUUUUAUAUAUAUUUUUCUUUGCUUUGUUUUUACUAUAUAAUAUUUUUUUUUAAAAAAAGAAACAAAUUAAUUAAUUUCCGUUCACGUG